AAUGUGAGAGAGGUUUCUGGAAAACAAGAUGGUCUAGUUACUCUACAAAAAAAGAUUCUUUUCCCAAUCUUGAAAGAAAAUGUUGACUAUUUUUUGGGAUGAAGGAGCCGGAACCUUUUUCACUAAGAAACAUUUAUGCAAUAAAAAGGUUCUUCUCAUCCUUGAUGACGUGCAUCAAUUAAACCAACUUAAAACACUGGCUGGAAAGAAAGAUUGGUUUGGUGUGGGGAGUAGAAUUAUCAUCACAACUAGGGAUGAGCGUCUACUAGUUGAGCAUGGUAUAGCGAUACGAUAUAAGGUCGAGGUAUUAAAGGAUGAUGAAGCUCUUGAGCUCUUUAGUCAAAAUGCCUUUAAGAAAAAUCAGCCUGAAGAAGGUUUUCUGGAACUCUCUAGGUGUUUCGUACAUUAUGCCAAAGGUCUUCCAUUAGCUCUGACAACAUUGGGAUCUUUUUUGUAUGGGAGAGAUCAAGAUAAAUGGAAAAGUGCGUUUGAUAAUCUACGGAAAAUUCGUAAUCCAACAAUUUUUCACUCACUCAGAGUAAGUUAUGACGGACAAGAAGAGAUAGACAAGAAAAUUUUUCUCGAUGUUGCAUGUUUCCAUACAGGGAAGGAUGAAGAGCAAGUAAUUGAAAUACUGGACAGUAUCUAUAAUAUUUCAAGUCGUAUUAGGAUAGAUAUUCUCAUUGAGAAAUCUCUCUUAAUUAUUGAGAAAUUCCACGAUCAUAAAAGUGUUCAGAUGCAUGAUUUGAUACAAGAAAUGGCAUGGGAAAUUGUUCAUCUAGAGUCUCCCGAAGAGCCUUGUCAACGCAGCCGUUUGUGGCAUGGCGACGACAUUUCUCAUGUAUUCAUGCACAAUUCGGGAACCGGAGCAAUUGAAGCCAUUGGCUUGCGUUUGCCGAAAUUAGAAGAGGUGCAUUGGGAUUGUUCGGAAGCCUUCUCUAAGAUGCACCAAUUAAGACUUCAUGAAUUUGAUAAUGUGAUCGUUUCUUCAGGCCCCAAAGAUCUUCCAAAUUCCUUAAGAAUUAUCCGUUGGAGUUGGUACCCUUCUAAAUCACUCCCAUCAAGUUUCGAACCACGUUUCCUUGUUAAACUAAACAUGAAGCACAGCAAACUUUCCCAUCUUUGGGAUGGAGCAAAGGUCUUGUCAAACUUGAAAGUUAUAGACCUUUGUUACUCUGAUCAAUUGACGAGUACCCCAGAUUUCACAGGCAUUCCAAAUCUUGAGUUUUUGUUGCUAGGAUUUUGUACGAGUUUAGUUGAGGGAAUGCUCUUAAAAAAUAAUGGUAAUUCUUUUGCUCCUGUGAGCUGUAUUACAUGCCCUGUAUUUGGAAUUCUUGAGUGGUUCGGUAAUCCAAGUGUGGGAGAUUCAAUAACUGUGGAGCUGCCUCUCCCUCUACACCCAUCAAAUAGCAGCGACUGGGUUGGGAUUGCUGUAUGUGUUGUUUUUGAUAGUAGUCCCGGAUUCCUUCCUGGAUAUUAUUUCAAAAUUGAAGUUCGAUCAUCUCAGAGAUAUUUGGAUGUCCUUCGUCGACGCUAUCCAACUGAGAUGAUUUUUUCAAAUAAUCUUUGGGUUUUUUAUUUGCCUCGCAAUCAUCCAAGCCUCACGAAUGCCUCAACCAGUCAUCGGUUUUCGUUCGAAACGUAUUAUUUUUCACCUAGAGGUUUGGAAAACGUCAAAACAAGCUCGAUUAUAAAGGAAUGUAGGGCUCGGUUGGUGUACAAGAGAGAUUUGGAAGAAUUCAGCCGUUUGAGGUACGGUGACGAGGCAGGUUCAAUUGGUAGUAGUGGAAGUGGUAGCUCUGAUGAGAGCGAUGAACCAGUCGCCAAAAGAUUGAAGAAAGUCUAA